AUGGAUCGGCGCGGCCUGGCGCAGGAGCUGCGGAGGUGGGUGGUGGAGGAGAUGGGAGUUCCUCCACAGAAAGCACCCCAGGAGGACGUCCUGCAGAGGCUCUUCUUUGGUCAGUGCACCGGGAUCUGGAAGUACAUCAUACACCACGUGCGCAGCCAGAGGACGGUGAGGAACAUAGAAGGCAACCUGCUGUGGUAUCAGCAGCUGCAGCAUUCGGAGGCGCAGCGCUCGGCAGAGGAGGAGGAGCAGCAACGUAGGAAACAACUGUGCCGGGAGAUCCUGGAGCUGCGUUCGGAGCUGCAGCACCUACAGGAACAGAUCCAGAGCGCCGAGGAGGAGAUCGGCAGCCAAGAACUGAACGGCGAGAAGUCUCAGGAUUACCGCCGGCGCGCUCUCCUGCUCCGAGCCUUCAAGAAGAAGAAAGAGGUGGAGUGCGAGGCGAUGCGCGAAAGCAACGCAAAGAUACAAUACCGCUGCGAGCAACUGCAGGACGUCAGCCGUGAAUCUCAGAGGGAAAUAAUAUUUCCUUUGUUGGAGAGCGGCUCUGCCAGCAGCGCCUUGUCGGAGCCCGAAGUCAUGAGGGACGUCAGAGGAGCUUGCCAAGUGCGGCUGCAGUUUUUGCGCUCUCUCCGCGAUGACUCCGUCUCCGGCUCUUCUCUGGCCGGAGGGGAGGAGCUUCGUUCUCUGGCUCACCAGCAGUGGAUGAGCAUGGCGGAGAAAGUCUGGAGCUCUCACCCUCCCAACCACAUCGUCUUCUCCCUGGAGCACCUGGCUCUGGAGGCCACGCGGGACAUGAGACUGCUCCAGUCCUCUCUUGCUGCCGACCCCUCGCAGACGUCCAGCAACAUCUCUGAGACCCCUUGUGACGUCCAUGAUAGCAGAGACGCCCUGGAGACCUCCAAACAGACGAGAUCUUAUUAUGAGGGUGACCGUCACAGCUCUGCGGGUGACCUGCCAUCCUUUAACAGUCUGAUACAGGAGGGCUGGGCUGAGUCCGUCCAGGUGACCACACAGCUGUGUGCCGUGCAGCACCAGAUGCAGGAAGUGUCCGAGUGCCUGGCGGGGAAGAUACAGGAAGUGCACAAAACGCUGGCAGACGACAUCGAGCUCUCUCAGCUCAGCAGGGCUGCAUUUGAUGCCGAGCUGCGAUCUGUGCUCCUUCGAGGAUGUCAGGAUGCUUUGCUGCAAGAAUGUCGGGCGCUACAAGAAAGCGCUGUGGAGCGGAAGCAGGAAGUAAAACAUCUCCAACAGCAACAACAGAACAUUCAGGACUCGUGCCUGCUGCUGGACAAAAAGCAAAAACAGAUCCAAAUUUUAAUCAGGGCAAACGCCACAGCCAAGUCCCAAAUUCGACGCAGCUGCACAGAGGUGCAGAAGUACGUUAAAGAGAAGCUCCUACCGCGUCCGCAGGAAGUAGCCCUGGAGUCUCAGCGCCUAAAGGAUUCCAUCAUGAAGGACAAUAAACACUUCUCAGCCAUCUCCCUACCAGCAUUUCAGAAACUGUGCGCAGACGGUGUAAAUGAAGUCCCAGCUCAGGACCUCUCCAUCAAUCGCCUGUCCAGCCCCCAGUGUCUGUACUAUAAUGUCUACAAAGGGAUGUACGCUAGUAUGGGCCUGUCCUUGUACAAGGCCCCGGAGACCAUCCUCUGUCACGUCGCCGAUAUGAAGAAGCAGCUGCUCUUCCUGCGUUCUCAGUUGAGCAGCCGCAAUCGGGCCAUGAACAAGGUACUGAAGCGGCUGCGAGAGAGCCGGAGCCCGGACACAGACGCCCUGUUGAAGCUGCUCUCGGCCCACUACGCCCAGCAAACCGACCAACUGGUUCCAAGGCUGCAGCAUCUGAUCGAGCAGUGUGAGAAGAGCCAGGAAUACGGGACGGAGGCCCAGGCCACCGUGAAAGACUGGUGGGAGCAGCCGGCUCAGACGUGCCUACCAUGGGAACAGAGAGGAGGUCUGACCCUACAACAGUGGCGUGAUCGCUGGAUGGUGGCUGUGACGGCGUUGCAGAGGGCGUCAGGAGGCAGGAGAUGA